AUGCAGGCUUCUCCGUUUCAACUAUGUGCUGCUGGAUCAGCGUUUGGCCCAGGAUGUGUGUAUGUUAUGAGCUACACGCACUAUAGAACGAACUACUACAAAAUUGGUUGCACUUCAAGAGAUCCAAACCUACGUCUGAAAGAAAUACAAAGAUCCGAAGGAAACCCUGCUAUCAUGUUGGUUGGCUUUGUAAACGCGAAUGAAAUGAAUGGUGCUGAAACCGCGGCCCAACAAGCUGUAAUAGCGAAUGGACUCGUGAAAGAUCCUGCGCGUGGUGGAGCCACAGACUGGUUCAUCGGUUCAUUGACACCACAGCAAGUUUUGGACGUGGUUAGACGAGCCGUUUAUAAUUAUAACCGACGCUAA